CAGAUAGUAACAUUAACUUUUAAGUUCUCCUGGAGCAACUAUUGUCAAGUUAUAUCUCGGAUAACCAGCUUAAUGGACACGACACAAGUAUACCUAUAUACAUUACCCCGAUAGCAUUAUGUGCUUUACGCGGAGUAUUAGACAAACCUCGACAGUAUCUUGCCGAGUACUAUCGCAAGCAUGGUACCAACGGAGAUGCUACAUAUUCGUACCCAUCCGCCCUGGGAUGGUACUAUCGCACCAUCGCAAUGGGUAUCGUCUAGGCAAUGCUGUUGCAAAUACGCCAACAUUGCCGUAUAUGAGGCCUAUUCAACCACAACUAGGACUACGUAGUUUUGCGAUUAUCCAUAGUCGUAAAUUCUCAUCGGGCAAGUAUAGUGAAUACAAUUCUACGGAUGCACCAAUUACAAAAGCGGAUAAAAGACGUGGAAUGAUAUGUUUGACCCAGUUCUUAAUCAAAGAAAUGCCAAUUGUACUGCCAACUUUUCUGGCGUUAAUGGCGUCCAGCGCUUUGAUAUCGGUGUUUCCAACUGUGGUAGGCAAGUAUAUAAACAGCUUCACCGUCGACGAUGUACCCAGCAUGCUACAAGGAACUUGCUUUGUAUUCGGAGCUGCCCUUGCGUCUUUUUUCAAAAGCGUGCUUUCAGGUUUCGCGAGACUUAGAAUGUCAAGAAGAAUAAGAGAGGACCUUUUUGCAUCGUUGCUCAAAAAGGACUCUGGACUGUUCGACUCUACGGCAUCUGGCAAGCUGGUCACAGUCAUCGCUGCAGAUGCGAGAAUGUCUGCAGGGGUUAUAGAUUGCCUCUCUCAAAUUGUCAGAGCUUCAAUCAGCUUCACAGCAGGAAUAUACUUCAGCCUGAAGAUCGCCCAUAUAUCAAUGAUCAUCCACACAAUGCUACCAAUAGCAUUAUCGCUAUCUAUCAUGAUACCACUCUCACGCCUUGUACAAAGGCAGACGUCAAUUCAAAUGCGACGGCUAGCCACGCUGCUGUCGUUUUGUGAAGAGAAGAUGACUAACAUUAAGACAGUGAAAACAUUUAAUGCGGAAAAGACUGAAAUUACAGCUUUCGGCGAUAGGAUACAAGAACUUUUUAGGGUAUCUUUCAAGGGCAUAUUUUACGGGGCCACCAUGAACUUUGUGGCAGUAGGUGCUGUAGGAACACUGAUACUCCUAAUGGCCAAUACCAGUGCAACCUUGGUACUCAACGGUACAAUGAAAAUAGGAGAUGUGACAUCACUUCUGAUGUACAGUGCACUUGUGGGUAGUUCAUUGCAGUCGUUCACAUCAAGCUUCGCUGAUAUACACAAGUGUAUAGGAUCGGCAGUUAACAUCGCUAGGUAUAUCGACAUAAAUGAUAGUGUGACUACCACCGGGAGUGAACGAGUCCCUACGACUGCACCAACCGUACAAUUUGACAAAGUAACUUUUACAUACCCAUCAAGGCCAGGAUGCGUUGUUCUGCGAGAUAUAUCAUUUACACUUCCAUCGGGAAAGUCAAUGGUAGUACUAGGGGAAAGUGGUUGUGGUAAAAGCUCUAUACUUCAGCUACUCCUGGGACUCUACACCCCUGACAAGGGUAGUAUACUACUAGAUGGGCGACCUAUGAAUAAGAUGGAUAUACAGGAAGUACGACAAAUAACUGCAUGGAUCGAACAACAGGCAACACUUUUUGAUGACACCAUCAAAAAUAAUGUGCUCUAUGGACAGGAAGGAAAGGAUAGCGGCCUACCAAGUGUAUACGACCGAUCUGGGUUAAAUGCCCUAAUAAAAGAAUUGCCAAACGGGGAACUCACCAUAGUGGGACAGUCUGGAAAAGCACUCAGCGGUGGGCAGAGGCAACGUAUAUCCAUUGCCAGAAUGCUUAUUAGAGACCCUAAACUAGUGCUUCUAGAUGAAAUAACAUCAGCGCUGGACAUGGAGUCUGAACGACAAAUCAAUCAAAUAUUGACUGAGUAUUUGCGCGAUAAGACCGUUAUACUUAUAACGCACCGGCCGACAUUGCUGUCAAUCGCAGAUUACAUUAUGGUAAUGAGCGCCGGUCAAAUAUGCCAAUUGGGUACCAAGGAUCACGUGUUGAAUAACCCAUGCCCACAGUUAACCAACAUACUUGCCUCGAUGUGAGCCGUUUGUAA